AGAUGAACCUGGAUGAGGAUAGUGGCAUGACAGGCAGCUGUGGCAACGGCAAACUGAGGCAGUGGCUGAUCGAUCAGAUUGACAGCGGGAGAUAUCCUGGCCUGGUUUGGGAAAAUGAUGAAAAAAGCAUCUUUAGGAUUCCCUGGAAACAUGCAGGAAAACAAGACUAUAACAGAGACGAGGAUGCUGCGCUCUUCAAGGCAUGGGCAUUGUUUAAAGGAAAAUAUAAAGAAGGAGUCGACAAACCGGAUCCCCCAACAUGGAAAACCAGACUACGCUGUGCUCUUAAUAAAAGCAAUGACUUUGAUGAGUUAGUGGAAAGAAGCCAACUGGACAUCUCAGACCCAUAUAAAGUCUACAGAAUCAUUCCAGAGGGAGCCAAAAAAGGAAUGAAGAUGAAUAUGGAGGAGACACCAUCACAUGUGAAUGCCCUUGGCUAUAUUCCUCCAUAUACGUCUCUGCACAACCAGGUAUCUGGCUAUAUGGUUUCUCAGGAGAGAAGAGACUGGAGGGAUUACUCACCGCCAGAACAACAGGCUCUUCCUCCUCCACAUCACCACGGGCCACAUGCAGAGCUGCAGUACGGUCAGUGCCACUACCCGUCACCAUUCGGCCGGGCUUGGCCGGGGUCACAUGCAGAAAACGGUUUUCAGCUCUCCUUCCACACCUACCUUUCAGAGUCUCAGCCGUCCGUGUAUUCAGUCGACCAGAACAAUGAUUACAGCCUGCAUGUGUCCCUAUACUACAGAGAGUCUUUGGUGAAGGAGGUUACCACCACUAGCCCAGAAGGUUGUCGGAUCACCUCUCCUUCCUCCUCCUCUCCGACGUCUUCCUGCUCUUCUUCUCCGUGCCCAGAGGACAAGCUUCACAGCGGGGCAGAAGUCAUCCUCUUUCCAUUCCCGUACCCCGAGUCUCAGCGGCAGGGUGCUGAGAUGCUUCCUAAUGUCCUGGAGAAAGGGGUGCUUCUGUGGAUGGCGCCUGAUGGGUUAUACGCCAAACGCCUCUGCCAGGGACGAGUGUACUGGGAAGGACCUCUGGCUCCAUAUAUGGAUAAACCCAACAAGCUGGAGAAGGAGCAGCCAUGCAAACUGUUUGACACCCAGCAAUUCCUUGUUGAGCUUCAAGAUUAUGCCCAUAAUGGCCGACAUUUACCAAGACACCAGGUGGUGCUUUGUUUUGGAGAUGAGUACCCCGAUCCACAGCGCCCGAGGAAGAUGAUCACAGCACAGGUGGAGCCAGUGUUCGCCAGGAAACUGGUGUACUAUUACCAGCAGAACAAUAGCCACUACCUGCGGGCUUUUGAUCACAUCCAGGAACAGAACACACCUCCAACAAUCGACUUUCCCUUGCAGAGACCUCCUCAGCAUAUUCAGGAGUGACAAGCAUACACACACACACACAUGCACACACACACACACACACACACACACACACAGACCACCUGGGAGAUCUGUUUAUGGAAUCGAGCAGAGACACUCGUAUGAGGGCAUGAAUCUGAAUGUAAACCGCUGACCAUUUCUCACGCCCUAUGACUGCAGUGCUGUGUACUGUAAAUGGUAGAAGCUGUCAUGGUACUGAGGGGUAGAGAUGGGGAAGACCCCGCUGUUUUCACUUGUACACCUAUGCAUGGUAGUCUUUGUGUCUGACUGUGGAGUAAUGUUUUUUUUCUCGCUCUCUACAAGUAUUAUUGUGACAGUGUGAAGGAUGCGGUUUGAGGGUGGGGGGAUGAGGGGAGCUGAGGGCGACUGAGACAGGAAGUACUAGCACAGGUGCACAGGAAGAAUGGCCUCUAAGACAAACACUGAUACGUGAAAGGGACAAAACAGAGCAUGAAUGAACAAUUAUUGCUUUUUUUUUACAGUGUGAUUGUUGGACUCAAACACUGAAAUAGCACACGGUAAUCGACAUGCAAAAUAACAAUAUUUGCUUCGGUGCGCAAGUAAACAGUCAACAAUAUCAGUGUUUGGGCCGUAGUAGACCUCAAUUUUGGGUUUCAUUGCAAAAACAAAGAGCUACAACUGGAGUUUGAGAGACAUAGAAGGUAUCACUGGUCUGGUGGUGUAGUACAGGAAGUUGUUAUCACAAAUUGUUUAUCUCUUGGCAGCUACAUAUGUUGCAGGACACAUUUGAACACACUUGAAAAUCUCUUUCUACUGAACUACUAAAAUAUCUUACUCCUUUAAAUGAUGUCAAACUCAACAAAACACCUUCAAGAGGUCAUAAGAUAAUCAAAGAAGUCACCAGAUGAUUACAGAAAUAGUAUUUUUAUUUUAUUUUAUUAUUGGCUGCAUAAAAUCAUGGAGAUUCAUUUUCUCUAUUCAUUGUUUGUUUCUUUUCUCUUGUUUAAUUGGAACAUAACAUCAUAGUUUCACAGCAUUUGAAAGUACACAAACAUGUCCCGUUUUAUACAAUGGAAACCAUUUAUAGUGAUCAUGGCUUGGGACAGUAUGUUCUAUACAAAUUGUGUUUAAAUAAUUUGCUUAAAAUCAAAUAGUUCACUUACAGUGCAAACGUAUGGACAUAUAUGGAACAUACUGAAAAAAAUGUAUAAUGUUCAAAUUAAUGAUAAUUUGAACAGUAGUUUAUACUUUAUAUAUGGUAGGCCUACUGUAUUGUAUUAGCGUCUUUGAAAUAUACCGGUAGAGUAAUUUUAUUUUUUACAGUAGGUGGAUUUUAGCUGUAUUGUAUUUUGAAAAGUCAAUAAAAGUCAGUAUAUAGGCCAUUUUGGUACUUUAUAUUCAUGUAAUAAAUAUCCAAAUGUUAAUUAGCUGGUAAACCACAAACCAGAUUCAACAGAUUGAAUUGUUUUUUUGUAGCAUAUGUGACAUAAAGCUCACAUAUAUUAUUGGACAUGUUCAGCAUCUUGAAGAAUUCAAGUGCAUAAUAGUGCGACAGAAGUACAUUUCGAUAAAAAAAAAAAAGUAUGCAGAAGUGCAUUUCUAAGCACUACGAGCUGAAGAUUUUCAGUUUAAAAAAUUACAUUAAAUCUUUCUGCAAUUUAGUAUUACAGUAUUUUAUCUAGUAUAGAAGGAUAUCAUUGUUUGUUCCUUGCAUUUUCUUGUAAAAUAGCCUACUGCAUAAUAUUUUUGCUUCAUGUCUUUGAAACUAUGAUUUGAAAACUCAAUCCUGAUUGAACUGCUAACAUUUAUUGACGUGAAACUUGUGAUAAUGGGUUGCAAAUAGACAUGGCUUUGUAUUAUAUUCUCAAAAGCAAAAAAAGGUUGGAGACCACUGGCUUAUAACACAUUAUCAGACAAAAUGUUUGUUACCAGAAAGCGUGGGAGGCCUUGACCUAACUGGACUGAGUAACUGGAAAAAUGUCACUCAUCCCGUAACUCGCAAAAAAACAAAAAUGUACCUGUUCCUCUUAACCUGAAACUUUAGGCUUAACAAACGGGAAGAAAAACUACCUUUGUGGUCUGCGUGCAAGUUCCACCAGGGAGGAGCUCCCGGUUCCCAAGCCAGAGAUCUCCUGAGUUCCUGAGAUACAGUUAGAGGUUCACACACUGGACGUAACGUCCAUGCAAAAGCUUCUCUAAGAUCCUAAAAACCUACAGAUGAAUGUGCAUAUAUAGGAUGUAAAAUAGUGAGAAUUAUGCUAUUAUUCACAUUGUUAAAGUCCUAAAGAGUGAUGGUGCAGCAGAAGGGAUAAAGGUUUGGCUAUGUUUUUCUUGUGUGGUCCAGAGUUUCGAUCUCUGCAUUUACUUCCUUCACACUUAAACCGCAUCACUUUCACAAUAGCUUCAAAAGUCUGACCAAAAUCACAGGCUGGAAUGUUUUUCUUUUGUGUGUGUGUGUGUGUGUGUGUGUGUGUGUCUGAACCAUAAAUCAUCCCAGUCAGUCUGAUUCUGUACUGAGUGAUUUUUUGUUUCACAUUGCUUCAAAGU